UAUGUGAGGCCUGGCCCAAAAUGAGCCCAUGUAGACAAAAUUCGAAAUCAGGUCCGAAACCUUAAACCCCCAAAUUUUGUCUGAGAACCAAAACCCUAAAACCUCCAUUUCCAUCUUCGAAAUCCAAGCUCCAUUUCACUGAAAAAAUGAAUUCGAAGCUCUUCUCCGAGAUCCUUAUUAGAAAUGCGAGGUCGAGCAGAUCCUACUACACCAACACGGCCAGCAAGGCCUCACUCUACUCCAGAAUCAGUCCUCUCGGGAGUCCUACCACAAGCGUUGUGCCCGAGCUUGAUGACUGGAUUCAAAAGGGGAAAAGGGUUCGAGUCGGAGAGCUUCAGCGCAUCAUUCAUGAUCUUCGCAAGCGCCGGCGUUUUUCUCAGGCCCUAGAGAUCUCGGAAUGGAUGAAUAAGAAGGGUGUUUGCGUUUUCUCACCUACUGAACAUGCUGUGCAACUGGAUCUGAUUGGAAAAGUUCACGGGUUUGUUGCUGCAGAAAGUUAUUUCGAUAAUCUGAAGGAGCAAGAUCAGAAUGAUAAGACUUACGGCGCCCUUCUGAAUUGCUAUGUUCGACAGCGCCAAACUGAUAAGUCACUCUCUCAUCUACAGAAAAUGAAAGAGAAGGGUUUUGCUUCUUCAUCUCUUACUUACAACGAUAUCAUGUGCUUGUAUGUAAAUAUUGGUCAGCAUGAGAAGGUCCCUGAUGUUCUAGCAGAGAUGAAGGAUAAUAAUGUUUCUCCCGACAACUUCAGCUAUAGAAUUUGCAUGAAUUCUUACGGUGUAAGAUCUGAUAUUGAAGGAAUGGAAAGGGUUCUCAAGGAGAUGGAGAGCCAACCCGAAAUUACUAUGGAUUGGAACACUUAUGCUGUGGCUGCUAAUUUGUACAUAAAAGCAGGCCAACCUGAUAAAGCAACCAGUGCUUUAAAGAAAUCAGAAGAGAAGCUAGAUAAGAAAGAUUCAAGUGGAUACAACCAAUUAAUUUCACUUUACGCUAAACUGGAAAAUAAGGAAGAGGUCUUGAGGGUAUGGGAACUGCAAAAAAGUGCUUGUAAGAGGUGCAUAAACAAGGACUAUAUUGUUAUGUUAGAAUCUUUCGUGAGGCUCGGUGAGCUCGAGGAAGCUGAGAAAGUAUUGAAGGAGUGGGAGUCUUCAGAAAACAAUUAUGAUUUUCGUGUACCAAACUGUCUCAUUGUCGGUUAUGCUGAAAAGGGAGAGUGUGAGAAAGCAGAGAAACUGCUUGAGGACCUUUUGGAGAAAGGAAAAAUGACCAGCCCCAACAGUUGGAGCAUUGUGGCUUUGAAAUACCUGGAAAAGAAGGAGACAGAAAAAGCUUUGGAGUUGAUAAAGGUAGCUAUCUCACUUCACUCACUUCAUUCGGAAGUAGUGUGGAAACUCAAUCCUAGAGUGACCACAAAAUUGUUUAGUCAGCUCGGUGAAAAUGAGAGCCCGGAAGCAGUGAAAGAAUUCGUGGACUUAUUGAAGACCGUUGUCCCGGUUAACAGACAUAUGUAUUAUGCAUUGUUAAAGGCACAUAUAAGAGAUGGUAAAGAAGUAGAUGCCAUUUUGGAGGGCAUGAAAAGUGACAAGAUAGAUGAAGAUGAAGUAACAAAGAAAAUCCUUGCCAUGAGACAAAACUCAACUUGAAAAACCCUAGUUUGGCAAGGGUAUUUACUAGUACCAACUAAAUUGGUUAGAAUCUUGAAAUUUUUGAGGCAACAUUUGUAUGGAUCAACCAAGGAAUUUCAAUUUUUGGUUUUAUUAAGAUUACAAUUUUCGGUUGUUGGAUGCAAAUAAUUUUUGUUUUUGUGUUUUCACUUGUGUUGUUCUAUUGAAUAAUUUGUUAAUAUUAGAACUCAAAAGUUGUAAUUUUUCUUCUUAGCUUUCUGCCUUCAAAACAGUUAAUAUAUGUCACAUUCGAAAGCUUCAAAAA